AUGGGUCAGAUUUUAUGGAUUCUCUGGAUUUUUUCAUUAGUUUUAUUUAUUCAAGGUCAUGUAUUCGAUUGUCUGGGAAAGUGCAAGUGUUAUCCCGAAUACAGAAUAAUACAGUGCCCAACUGGUCUGCGAAAUCAAUUGGGAUUGACUUCGAAAGCCGAUAUCGAAGGGUUUCAAGUAAACGAAAAGAAGUCAACUCAGGAAUUUCAAGAAUUAAAAGUAGUCCCUGAAGGAACUUUCAAAGUUCCAACAACUAUUGCACCAAAGAAGAGAGGAAAGGGAAGCAGAAGACCGAGAAGAGAUUUGGAGGUAUGGAGUAUGGGAAUCAGACAGACACUGAACUGCUAUAUGAUUCCAGGAUGGAUGGCACCGAUUCAAAAUGUGGCUGAUUGA